AUGAACACAGCAGCAGCAGACCUCCCAAAACACACUCUCUACGAAGAAACCGGCUUUAGGAGCAUCGAGAUAUUCAACUGGCGUAUCUCAGUAACCACCAAACCAAUCGUCUCCGCCUCAGAAGCCGACAAUCUCCAAAAAUCACUCGGGAUCCCUUUACCUGAAAUGACCUUUGGGCAAAACAAAUUAGAACUAUUCCAUAUUCCGAGCGGUUGGAAAUAUGCGUUUGAUACGACCAAUGCGUUGAGGGGUGUACGAAAUGGUGAAUUAGGACCUGGGGAUGGGGCGGUUAAGGUUGGUUAUGCAGAUGCGACAGAACCUGGUACUCUACUCCCGAUGCCGAAGACUGUACCUACAAAGCCAUAUGAUUGGACGUACACCACAGUAUAUGCGGGCCAUGAAGGCGAGGCAAACGCGGGGCACGAUAUCAAGACUUUCGUGCCUGCGGAUACGGAGAACCCAGCGCAUACGAUCCCCAUAGCUGAAUUGACAAGACCAGAUCCGAUACUAUUUUAUGCUGAGGUUCCUCUAUUUGAGGAUGAACUGCAUGAUAACGGAUCAUCACAUCUACUCGUACGAAUCCGCGUAAUGCCAGGAUGUAUAUUCAUCCUCUCACGUUUCACCCUCCGAGUAGAUAACGUCCUCUUCCGCACGUUCGACACCAGGAUAUACCAUUCAUUCAUCAGCUCACCUCCACUCGUUAUCAGGGAGUCAAGUGGAUGGGAAGCACCUUACGAUGAUGUUAAAAGGUUCCUACCGAAGAAGACCGACCUUAGUCCUUUAACGGACGCAAACUUCAUCGCGAAGACUCUUAGCUCACUUCCGAAGAGUAAAUCACAGGGAGAAGGAGCUGGGACAGGUUGGAGGGCGCUAGGGACAACUAAUGAAGUUGCCGUUUUGAAGACAGCCCCAGCCACUGCUUAG